ACACCUCUCAGCUCUCGUGGCUAAAGAGCAGCACUCAAAAAUCAAAAUUGCAGCGGUCGGGUGAAAUUGAGGAGAGAGAAAAAGAGAGAUGGGAAAUCCGAAGCAAAAGUGGACGUCCGAAGAAGAAGAGGCGCUACGAGCAGGUGUCGCUAAACACGGCCCUGGUAAAUGGAAAUUGAUCCAGAAAGAUGUCGAAUUUAACAAAUUUCUCCAUUCUCGCUCCAAUAUCGAUCUCAAGGACAAAUGGAGGAACAUGAGUGCUGCAGUUCAAGGCUCUAGGGACAAACUAAGGCCUCCGAAGCCAAAGCCUGUUCAAGAUGCUCCUGCUGCUCCUUCUGUCCCCAUGCAGGCUCCUGCUGCUCCUUCUGUCCCUGUGCAGGCUCCUACUGUUCAUGCGCCUGUCGUACAUGAAUCACCAGCUGAUCAUGUCAAGGAUGAUUUUGGCAAGGACUUGCCUGAUGCAAAAAACGGUCCCAGGUAUAAUGAAAUGAUCUUUGAAGCCCUUGAAGAACAAAAUGGAAUGGAUAUUGGUUCAAUUUUAGCUCAUAUUGAGAAAAGGAGUGAUGUUCCGGUACCGCAAAAUUUUAGGAAACAGUUGGGGGCAAGGUUGAGAAGACUCUGUUCUCAGGAUAAACUCGAGAAGGUUGAUAGCCACUUCAGGCUUAAAAAUAAUACAUUGGAGACAAAUGCUAGCGGUCAGAAAGGCAUCUGGGCCAGACAGCAUCCACCCAUUGUCUAUUCUAAGGCUGGUGAGUCGGUAGAAGAAGCAGCAAAGACUGCAGCCUACAAGGUUGUUGAAGCAGAAUACACUUCAUCAAUAGCAGCUGAAGCUGUGAAGGAUUUGGAGAAAUUCUUAAAGUUGGCAGAAGAAACAGAUUCAGUUCUGCAGAUGGCAAAAGAGAUCUUUGAAAGAUGUACUUGUGGUGAACUCCUUGUUGCAUGAUAUGUCAGAGUGGGAUUUACAUAUUGAACCGAUAUCAACAACAGUUUCUUGAGUAAAUAUGCAACAAUAGCAUGUUCCUCAGCAUAAAGUUGGAACGUAGUGCAUAGUUCGCAGCUUCUUGUCUCUCCAGGAGCUGCAGUGCUGCAGCAUGCUCCUUAGUUGUGUUAGAGAACAAAUUGCAGUUGAAAUUUUCUUAGUGAGCAGCACAGAUGACUGUAUCAUCUAAGUGUGUAAAUAUAAAUCGUAGUUGGAAGAUCAUGAAAAUUGCAUCUCUUAGUUUUGUCCAUUUUUAUGUGAUUUUUUUUUUUUUUUUUUCUAAAUUAGCAUUGUGCUACUAAUCCAGUUCAAGAGUCAUUUAUUGUUGAUUUUGUUUUAUUUUUAGUGUGCACUUUUACAUAAACGCUAGAAUUCUAAUCAAGUGUUAGGAUUUCUUAGGAAAUUUUACUAAA